GUCACCACAUUUUUUGUAGUCACUCCCGCCGCAUUUUCACUCUUCUUUAGGCGCCUCCCACCACUGUCCGAUUUGGAGGAAAACCCUAACGCCGUAAAAACAUUAGCUCAGAAGAAGAUAGGCGAUGGAAGCAGGUCUCAGAUCUCGGAAGAGGAAGCAUCAGUCAUCGAUAUCUGAUGGCAUUUUCACCCGAAGCAAGUCACAGGUCUAUGUUCACCGACACAGAUCCGGAUACGCUCGACCCGACUCCGUUCGAAACAGUAACCCUCUCUUGUCGCUUGAAGGGACAACAAGGGCACUUACAAAGCAAGAACCAUGGGGAUUCACGGCUGAUCACGUUACAAGUGGAGUCGCAGUCAAGGAUCUUCGCGCGAGGAGGGUGUUUUCUCCUACAACGAUUACAGACGAGGUUUUGAGUUCUGGAAACGUCGAUUUGAAAGCUGACAUGGGCUUUCAGAAGACGUAUGAUGGAAACCCUAACCCUAACAUGUCUUCUCUUGAAGGCGAUGCUGGUCAUGGUGAUUUGGGGGUUUCUAGCUCUGUUGCCAUCGAUCCGAAACCUACAUCGGAAAAUACAGUGGAUUAUUUUCUGGUUAGUGAGAACAAUGUCAUGGAAGCUGAUCCUGAAAGCGAUGCUGGUCAUGGUAAUUUGGGGCUUUCUAGCUCUGUAGCCUUCGAUCGGAAAUCUAGCUCGGAAAAUAUCGUGGAUUCUUCUCUGGUCAAUGAGAACAAUGUCACUGAAGCUGAUGAGUUUGUUGAGAUGACACCAAGAGUAGCAGAUUCUGAGCAAAACAAGGGGGCUGGAGAAAAGAAUGGUAUCAUUUCUGCUACAAACGAAAUCAGAGAUACCCAAGGUUCUAUGAUUAAGAGCCAAUAUUCGGUGACAAAUCCGCGUAGCAAGAAGAAGGUCUUCAUAAGUUCGAAGUCAUUCAGCUAUAGAAGGUUGCUCCCUUAUUUAACGGAGCUAGGGACAGAUGAUUCUCCAAAUUUUGAGAUAGUAGAGGCGACAUUACCUAAAGUUCAGAAAUCAAGUAACAUGGUUCCCAAUAAAGACCAGGAGGUUGAUACUGCACCAACUAAUAACAAAUCAGGAUUGUCUGAUGCGAUUCAGAAAAGUCAUGAAGACGCUUUUAAUGAAACAAUGGAGGAGUGCCUACAGAUGACACCACCGGAUUCAGACAUCUAUAAUAAACCCAAUCUUGAUAAAACUCCUGAAGUGCUUCAAAAGACAGCAGAUGCUGACACUGUAAAAAAUUUCAGCAAUGAAAACAAUGAUUCUGUCUCAUCGUCCAAUCUGGUACUCAAAUCAUGUUCCAGGAUGAAGAUGCUGCAAACUCCAACAUCCUUUAGUCACAGAAGAUUGCUUCCAUUCUUGAUGAGUGUUUCAGGAGAUGAUUCAGGUGUUUCAAAAAGCAACCAGCUUUCAAAACCUGAGAACACUUCAGAGCAAAACCAACAACCACCAACACCAUCUUUGAUUAAUCAGAGUAUUAUUGUGGAUGAAUCUCAAACCACUGCAGAUGAGAAAUCAGAUUCUCCUACUUCUACUCUGAAUCCAAUUGAAACAUCAUUUGAAAGUACAACAACAGUUGCUCAAGUUUCAAAUGACAAUCUUGUGGAUACUCAUGGACCAGAUACAAAGUUGACCGAGUCAACUUCACAUUCAGACAUGAAGUUACAAGCUGAAGCUGACACUUUGAUGAAGCUGGAACAGGAAUCACCUAUUAAAGAUCUGAAAUUAGUUGAAGUAACAACUUCUAAUCUAGAAAUUGUGCCAAGUGUUGAUACAAAUGACAAUCAGAAGGCAGUUAAUGGAAGCACACAUGAAUCUUUAUUGCAGAUUGCACCACUAAAUACUCCCUUAAUUAAUCGUGAUAUUUCUAAAAAUGGGAUUUUGAAAAGAACCCCAAGAGGAUGCAGAGGGAUCUGCAACUGUUUGAAUUGCACUUCUUUUCGUCUUCAUGCUGAAAGAUCAUUUGAGUUUUCAAGAAACCAAAUGCAUGAUGCUGAAGAGGUUGCAUUGGAGCUCAUCAAUGACAUGAAUUCUCUCAGGAACAUUCUGGAAAGAACUGGUGGUGAUUCUAAUGAGGUGAAAGAAGUGUGUGAAAAGUCAUUGUAUAAGGAAGAAGUAGCAAGGGCAAGAUUGGCACAAAUGAAUGAGGAUCUAAGUUUUCAUUGCAGAAGCAUGACUUUGUUGAGGCCAAAGGUGACAUUUGCGAAUAAGAUUGAAGAAAAAGUUAUUUCAGACAAGAAAAUGAGAAAGGGUGAGAGGUGAAUUGUUGUGUUCUUUGAUGAUUACAGGAAAUGAAUUUGGAUUUGUAAGUUGUAAGCAGAAGAGUCGUCUUCUACAUUUUAUGUGAUACACAGAAUGUUUCAAGUUUAGUUUUGGAUUGCAAUCAUUUUUGUUAUUUCCUUUUUGUUUUAUAC